AUGAAUUUCUUCGUAGUGUUAUCGUUGCUACUCUUCCACUGCUUGUCACGUAGUGCACUUGCCGGUGUCACUGGUGGCACUCUCAACCGGGCUUUAGACAUCAAGGCUGCUGCUCUUGAGCGAGCUCAUGUUCUCAUUACCCGUCAGGAUAAUGAUACAGAUGUUGAAAAGCCUCCCCGUUUAGCAAAUGCAACUCAAACAGAUAUUGAAAAGGCCCGAGCCCUGGUCAAGGCUGCCAUCCAACAAGCGGCUGAUCACAAUAAGGCGCGUCUCGACAAGCCCCUCCGAAACAAUUAUGAGCUGAAGCCCGGAACCCAAACUUCCAAAAGGAGACGUGAUGAUGCUGGUGACGCUCCUCCCCUAUUCAAUGUUACCGACGAGAUUGCUGCGGCGGCUGCCCUUAUUGCCGAAGCAGAUGCUUACGCAGAAGUCAAGAAUGGUACUUUGAAUCGACGAGCUCUAUUUGAGAAACGGAAUCGACCAAGCCAGUUUUGGCUCGGAAAUAUUGCUCAUGUCGGAGGAUGGCCAUUCGGGGACAACGAUGGAGACUUUACAGUCUUUCGUGAUGUUACGGAUCCUAAAUAUGGUGCUGUGGGAGACGGAGUGACUGACGAUACCGAAGCAAUCAGGAAAGCUGUUUCGGAUGGAGAUAUGUGUGGGCCAGGCUGUUAUAGCUCUACGACCAAGGGCGCUAUCAUCUAUUUUCCACCUGGAUCUGAUGGCAAUGCUAAGGAAUGGUACAUAAACACGGCAAACUUCUAUCGCCAGAUCAGAAACUUUGUCAUUGACAUCACGGCCACUGAUCCUGGCGCAUAUGUCUGCGCACUGCACUACCAAGUCGCUCAAGCCACGAGCCUGCAAUUUGUAGAGUUCCGCGCCACUACUGGCACUACUCAACAGGGCAUCUUUGCUGAGAACGGUAGCGGUGGUUUUAUGAGUGAUUUGGUUUUCAAUGGUGGUAAUUUCGGAAUUUAUGGGGGCAACCAACAGUUCACGGCUCACAGAAUCACUUUUAACGGGUGUACCACUGCGGUUCAGCUCAUCUGGGACUGGGGUUGGGCAUGGAAGAGCAUUUAUAUUAAGAAUGCUGACGUGGGCUUCAAACUGCUUUCAGAAGAUGGAGUGCACAACACCGGCUCUAUCCUCGUCGUUGAUUCAGUUUUUGAGGGUGUUGGUAAGGCAAUCUUGACUUUUCCUGCUGCGGCCGAGAAAGGCGACGGCACGACUGGCCUUACCCUGGACAAUGUCAAGUUCAUCAACACUCAAUCUGGCGUUGUGGAUAAUGCUGGUACAUCAUAUUUGAGCGCUGGUUCAGACAUUGACACUUUCGUCCUCGGCCGUAUCUACGUUGACCAGGAGAAGUCCGAGUCACUUCACACUAGUUUUGCAACCAAACGUGAUCCGACUUUAGUCGGGGACAAUCCCUGGAAUCUUCCCAAAGCGCCCUUCUUCGAGAGAGCUAAGCCCCAGUAUGCUGAAGCUGGCGGAUCUCAAUUUUAUCAUAUUCAGCAAUUGUGCAGAGGAGAUGGCGUAAAUGAUGACACGCAGUGCAUUCAGCAGGCGCUUGACGCGUUUGCGGCAAGCUCCAUCAUUUACUUUGAUGCGGGCUCCUACAUGAUCAGUGACACCAUCACUAUACCCAACGAUGCUAAAAUCGUCGGCGAAAACUGGGCUCAAUUAGUUGCAUAUGGAGAAAAUUUCGAGGAUGCCACUGAUAUUGAUGAUCCAGAUUGGAACGACGACAACAACUUUAUGGACAAUUUUGGAAAUGUGACCAUCCACAAUCUCAUUACUAUUGGCGCGGUGAACAUGAUAGAGUCAGAUGGCUUGACUAUCAAGGCAUCGGACAACCAAGCGGUUGACUUUCACCCAAGGUGGAGCCAAAUAUCUGUCUUCGACCCGCGCCAGUACAUCAACCCUUGCACGCAGGAGCCCGCGAAUACCAAUCCUGACCUUCCUGCGGGUGCAGAUGCCGCUGUACGCACAGAAAAUGACGAACAACUCGCAUACCUGACAAUUGUUAACGGUUGUCCCUAUGCUUUUGAGUUUUUGUCGCAGCACAACCAUCAGAUGAAAGACUGGGACAGCGAAUGGGUGACCAUUCCUGCUGGGGAGUCAGUGCAAUUCCUCAUCGAAUUUGAACAGGGUCCUGGCAUAGAUGAUGGCGAUACUGCUGGAGAAGCAUACUAUCAGCUCCAAGGCACAGACAAGAAAUGGCAUGUCACUACUGACUAUGUGGAUGACGACGAUAUUUGGCCUCCUUUACGAGCCAGGAUCGCUUAUACUGACAUCGGUACCAAGGAUGUUGCUACAGGCACCGUCUUUGACUUGGGGUGGCCCACUCUCUACGAUGGCGUCCCGCUUCAAUGGGUGUUGACAGGAAGCGAGACAUACGGCUAUUGGUCCAGUGCCAAUCCACCAGUGGCUUGGAUGCAUUCCAUUUUGGAUGUCAUCGGCGACCGGAAGUUGAAGUAUGUCUGCAUGCCGGGUAGCCACGACGCCGGAAUGAGCACCAUUGAUGGCCAUACGGCUUUCUCCGACUGGUCGAAUACACAAACCCAAUGGCUGGACUUUUACAAUCAGCUCAUGCGUGGCUCGCGCUGGUUCGAUGUUCGUCCCUGUCUUGGCAAUGGUGGAAAGCAUAUGCUUUGCCAUUAUACAGUGACUUCUGGCUCUGCUGUUGGUGCCAACGGCCUUUCCGUCGAUGUCAUGAUCGAUCAGAUUAAUAGCUUCAUGGACGAUCACCCCGGAGAACUCGUUAUCAUAGAUCUGAGCGACGAGUCCGGCUUUGAUACCGACCAUCGUACAUCUGCUCAAUCCUACGAUCGUCUCACGGAGGACCAAUGGAGACCCAUUUGGCAGCAAGUCCGGGACGGAUUUCGCAAGCCGUGCAAAGGCUUCGGAGGCGACAAGGUACUUGACGAGUUUACGAUGAACGACUUCAUUGGUGACGGCCAAGGCUGCGUGAUGACCGUUGCUCGAAAUAUUCCCGGUAUGGAUGCAGAUCCAGAAAAAGGGUUCUACCUAUACGACAAGCUACCUCGCCACAAUGACUAUUCGGACACUGAUGAUUUCAACGCAAUGCGAAACGACCAGAUCUCCAAGCUCAAACUGAACCGUCGCCUUGGCCGUGAGGGCGACGGAGACACUGCCGAUGACUUCUUUGUGCUUUCUUGGACCAUGACACUCAAGGCAUCUGAUGCAAUCACACCUCUCUCAGAUCGAGCUGCCAUUGCGCUGAAUACACUCUUCUGGUAUGCGUAUCACGAAUUCACGCCGUUCUCGUACCCCAAUAUCUUGUACGUCGAUUUCGUUGGCCAGCCCUACUUAUUAGAGAAUGGCUUGUCUCAGGAUGAGUACAUGGAACAGACAACGAGCCAUUUAGCUGCUCUGGCUAUGGCUGUUAAUCUGCAAAUUGCCAGUCAGAAUUGUUAUGUGGGCGGCGGAAAGAUUUAA